AUGCCAGAGUUGAUUUCGAAAGCCCUUAAAAUAUCUCAAUUGGAUAUCAAGAUAGAAUUCAAACCGCCGGCUAACGGAGAUUUUUUUACAUCCAAUGAACUCAUUACCGGAAGGGUAGUUGUGUCGCUACCAAGAUCAACAGCUGUCCAAAGUGUCACUGUCACUUUGCGAGGUCUGUGCCGGACCCUGAACCCCGGCAGAGAAAAACACAUGAGUGGAAUGGACGCUACCAAUAUCAACAUUCAAUACGUCAAUACCUUUACCUGUCAUUUCCCUAUUUUGGAGUCCAAGACACUUUUCCCACCUCAAAAUGUCACUGACGCAAUAAGUGCUGCGCCUAAGAAGGGGUACACGCUUGCCGGAGGUGAACACAGUUUUGACUUUGCAUUUCUUAUUCCUGCUCAAGCACGCCCUUUCCAGAAAGGACUGAAUGACGAUAGGCCGAGCGAUAAAGAUGAAGACAUGACACCACCCAGUUUCAAUAGCUAUUACGGUAAAGAUGCAAAGGACCCAAAAGGUUCCUUACCAGAUUAUAACAAAAACUCAGAAAUAAGCUACUAUCUGAAGGCGGAAUUAAUUUUAGGCAAAACUUUGUUGCGAACUUUUACGCCCUCACCUUCGAGACUUGAAAUAUACGAACCAUUUGGAUACAUUCCAGACGUCGACUCCAAGCUAAAUGAGAUAUUUAGUGGGGGUUGCGUGGUCGAAAGCGACCGCAAAUUCAAGUUGAAGGGCAAUGCCACUCUGAGUAUGGAAUUGAGGCCCACUUCGUGGGGCCUUCUGUGUCGUGAAGACAGAUUAUUUACCAGUGAAUCUGGGAAAUUUGACAAAUUGUACUUGAGAGUUUCUGGGAAUUUGAAAGAGUCUUUACAAGUCAAGUUGAAGCACAUAAGGCUAGUCUUGAUUGAAGUUACGUCAUAUGCGCUGAAGGGUCUCACAACGUCUUCAUUGAAGAGAGCACUGCUGUUGCAAGAGGACUUAAAUUUAGCAAAGCUAGCCAAAAAAAUUUCAGCUGGCUCUCAAGAAGCGGUGCUAGACUUGUCCGAUGUCCCGAAGUUGAGCGAUUUCAGGUUCAAUCACGACGACAUUCAAAUAAGAGGUAAUCGUAUCUACAGUUUUGAGAGCUGCGGAGUCGACCGGAAAUUCCAGUUCGAAAUGACUUUAGCGCUGGAGAUCAAUGGUCAGCCUUGGGAAACUAAAAUAAAGACCUUCCACACAGAUGUUCAUUGCCAAGCCGCCAACAAGACCGGCCAACUGCCAACAUAUGAAUCCUCUAGCAAACCCCCUGAAUACGCAGCCGAACAUUCAUGA